AUUUGUGAAGGUCAACCGGUGGCUACUUUUUGGUAGAGCAGAACACACAUUUCGAGAAAAUGUAAACUUGUCUUAUUUUGCAGAUUUUUUCUUUAUUCUACGACACAUAUAGAACGAGUCAUGCCAUUCAUGAAAGGAUCUGCGCCUGUAAGGCGAACGAAGGCGUAUUUAGAAGCUGGCAAAUUGAUAUUCCACCCACGAAUCAGAGUGAUGACCAUAAAUUACAAUCUUGACCAAAAAGCGAGUGACGGGGUAUACAAUUUUCUUUUCUGGCAUCUGCCACAGAUCAAGUACAAAAAUCGACACCUGCAAUUGCUGAAGUUCAAAAAUAUGACACCUACUCCAUGUAUUCAGUUGUUUUUUGCUGAUCGAGAAACACAAGUCAUUGAUGUUUAUGGUCGGACACGGAAUGAAAUUCAUGAGCAUUUGUUUGAGACAUUUUGUGAACCUUUAAAAACACAGAGCAAGGAAAAGUGGAAUCCAGCUAAUUUUGGAUAUGGUUGUAGACACUGGUGUAUGUGCGAGGUACCAGGUCAGGUCCCAUGUCCAGGCUUUGUACCAUUACCAAAAGAAAUGACAGGAAAAUACAUUAGACAAAAGGCUUUAGAGGAACAGGAGUCAUAGCACGAGUUAUUUUUUUAAUGUAAAGAAUUUCCAGAGUGUUAAAUAUACAGCUACUAUAUAUAUACCGGUAGUCUUGUUUCCUAAAGUGUUCAGUGUUGGGAAAUGGUUAACAACUUUUAAAAGAUGUGAUAAAAGAUAUGCCAGUGAUCAUAUAAGAAACAAGAAAAUAUGUAGUUCCAGUAUAACUACAUCUAUGUUUGCUCCAGGAGCGUAUUGAAACCCAAAUUGGUGUUAAGAAAAACUUUUGGGGAAAUUGAUGUUGCAGUUUUAUGCAGGAAUUUUUUUUUUCCCAAAAAUGUUGAAAGAAGUUCCUCACUUCUUUGUUGAAACUUUGCAUCUCAAAUUCCAAGUGAAUUGGUUGUUUUACAUGACUUAGAAAUUAUAUUUGUGCGUUUGUUUAUUUGGGACAAGACUUGAAAAAUUCUCAAAGAUAGCCGGAAUUUCAAGAUUAGCAAGUUCUAUUUCCUGAAUUUCAGCUUUAUUUGUUUAAGAAAUAAAUUGUACAGAUAUACGUUCACCAAGAUACAGUAGGUUUUGUAAACAUAGAAUUUACAGAAUUAAAUUAUUGUUUUAAUAGAAAUAA